CGGGCUCGAAGCUUGUGCUGAUGGCGCGAGGACUCAUGCUCACUUCGCAGGCCAAAUCAACUUCGACCACCUUCCUCUCUUCCCUCUCGACAUGUUCGGCCCCGCCCGUCUCCCGUCGCCGCGGUUUCCGCGCCUCGAGCCCUUUCGCCCGCUUCUUCUGCAAGUGCGCUCGUCAAGAGCUCCGCCCGGUACCGGUCACGACAGCGUACGAGGAAACUUUCUCGAAGCGGAUGGCUCUUGCCGGUCUCAAACCCCACCACCGUAUCGCUUUGGGAGUCUCCGGUGGUCCUGAUAGCAUGGCACUAUGUGUUCUAGCUGCUGAUUGGAAAAUCAGUGGCCUUGACCCUGCUGGCAAAGAGAGUGGGUUUAUUGACGGGCUGUUGGCGAUUAUUGUCGACCACGGGCUGCGUGCGGAGAGCCGAGAGGAAGCAAAUAUGGUGCGUGAGCGCGUUGCUGAAAUGGGUAUCAGAUGUGAGAUUGCCUGUUGUGAGUGGAAGGAUGGGAGGCCGGAGCAAGGAAACUUGCAAGAAGCAGCACGUGAAAUGAGGUAUGAGAUGUUCCAUAAAGUUUGCAUCGAGCAGCAGUUUGGCAUCCUGCUUCUUGCACAUCAUGCUGAUGACCAGGCUGAGUUGUUGGUUAUAAGACUGUCACGCAACAGUGGUGUGCUUGGACUUGCUGGCAUGGCAUUCACUUCUCAAAUUUUUGCCAAACACGCAUAUUCUCAAGGUGUAGAUCCAAUGAGCGGCGGUAUUCUUUUAGUGCGACCUUUUCUGGAUUUUUCAAAGAAAGAUAUGUACAAGAUUUGUCAAGAGAAUGAGCAGAAAUGGGUGGAAGAUCCUUCAAAUAGAAGUCCCUUAUUUGUCCGUAACCGGAUCCGAAUGUCCUUGCAGGAAUUUUCAUCAAGUGUCUUUAGCUCUGAAUUGCAAUCUCUGAUUUCUGCUUGCCGAAGAACACGCACGCACGUAGACAAAAUAUGUUCAAACUUGUUACAAGAGGCAGUGACUGUUAUGGACCAAGGAUAUGCUGUCAUAGAUUUGAAAACCCUCAAUCCAUCAAAAGUUGAGGACAUUUGCCUGGCAAAAUUCAUUGCACAUGUUGCACAGUACAUCUCACAAAGACACAGACCUAUUCGCAGUAACACGUCAAAAUUGCUUCUGCGCUAUAUGCGUUCAUCUCCGUGCAAGACUUCCCUCACCGCAGCUGGUUGUUACCUUUGCCCAGCUCCUGGAUCUAGAGGCACCAAAAUCUUGGUUUGCUGUUCUGUUAACUGUCCUUUGCCCUCGAAAGUGGAGCUUUUUACUCAGGAAGCAGAAAUCAUGGAUAAUGCAAAUACAAGUUCAAAUCUGUCAUCCGCAGAUGCAUCGGAUGUGCAUUUUUUGAAUGUAACAUCUGGAUCUGUUCUAGACGAAGCCAAAAGACUAAACCUCAUAAGUGAGUCCACCUAUAGAAGUGUUCUCAUGUUGCAGGAGGAGGAAACAAAUCGUUUCAAAUAUAAGUCUGAUGUGACACCAGACUAUCGACCAAAGUAUGCAAUAGAAUCUGUUGGUACAUCUCACAAUCAAUGCCUUCAGCCUGGACAAAUGGGCUUUUUCAUGAAUAGAUUUUUUAUCUCAUGGAAACCAUGCAAGGAGGAUGUUUGCAGGAAGUUUACUCAAGAAGAAACUAGCUCCAAUGGUGGUUUGGCUGUAGAAGGCUUGGACUAUAAAUGCACGUUUUGUAGCCUUGGCCAUGAUAUGGUAGCUGAGAUACGUCAUAUGAUGGAGUCUGACUGGCUUUAUCUCGCUGAGUUGUCAAAAUCUCAAAAUGUGAAGUCUGAUCCAGAUAAUGCUGUUUCAAGUAGUGUUACGGAGCAAGCUGCAGAGAAAGCAAGCUCAUGUCUUGAUUAUGCAAGGGUAUCCGCAGGCAGGGUUCUCCAGUUGUUGAAACCUAUUCCUGUUGCCGUGAGAAGAAGCUUGCCUGUCCUAGUUGAUUCUCAGGGACUUCUACUAAGCAUUCCGAGUCUUUCUUUCAAGCAUUGCCCUUGUCUAGAGAUUGAAGCCACAUUCCAACCCAGAGUUCCACUUGGAGGAGGACAUAACUCAUUCAUCUGAUGGUUCUUUUGCUUAAUUUUCGUCUUGCUUCUUACCAAACAUCUGGUACAUUGGGCAGUCCGUCUCUCAAAAAGGAUGCUUUUCCUUGAAGGAGAGAUCAAGUGUUACUUUCCACCCCUGGCUUACUGAAGUUGAUAAAAUAGCAUUUGCCAUAUACUACAAGGAAGGAGUCCAAUUUGUCUUGCGUCAAGGUUUGUUUCAAGAUAUCAAAAAGGCACAUAUCAAUGAUCAUCGCUCUGUCUCCCUCCUUCAACUAGAUAGAGUGGAAAGCACCAUUGAUCUUGGAAUUCCUUUUUCCUCGAAGUUAGUUAAGACAAUGUCCCGGGCAAGUUGAAGCAGUAUCAACACUUGAUCUCUCCGAGUUUCUGUACCCAGUAGCGGAAAGUAAAUGUGUCCACAAACCAUGGACGCUUCUGUUGUACUGAUGAAGUCCCAUAAAAAUUAUACGGAAGCAGAUGGAAAUCGAGAAUUCCAGUUGCAGUUUUGCUCGCGUUGUAAUUUGUUAGUUGUUUUCUGUACCAUCUUCAGGAGGACCAGUUCAUAGCCUAUUAGAAUUUACCACAGGUUCUCUCAAUCUGGCUGUUGAGUGGGAUGAUUUUGAGUACAUUCAAGGUGGAACAUGGUCAUGUCACACGUCAUUCAGGAACUCAUGAAAUUAGUUGAAUAGAUUUUCUUUCA